UCUGCUGCUUUCUUCUGCCACAAACUGCAAAUUUCUCUCACCAUCACAGCUAUAUGAUGAGGUGUUAAGGUCACAGCAUUAAAGCAUUCAACCUGAAUUUAUAGUACCUGGCUUCAAUUUUAGGGGACAAAAAUCUGCAUUGGAUCUGGUUUAGGGAAUAUUGAAGAGCCAAUACACAAUACAUACCUCGAAUCCGAGAUUUUGAAUCACAUUGAUCUCCAGAAUCAAGCGGUUUCCAGUAUCCGAUUUUGAGUAAGAGAGAAUGAUAGUUGAAACGACGCAAGAGAAAGCGGCAGCCUCCAAGACCUACAUUAAUCUCGAACAACAGCGUCAGUAUCUGAACAGCGUUAUGGAUAUGAAGACGAAGAAGGCCACCGCCGCUAUCCCGAGGAAGAACGGCGUACCUUUCGCGGAAGCAAAGAAAGUGGAAUACCGGCGAUCGUUAUCGCAAGGGCCGGGGAAAAGGAUGUUCUCCAUGAGCUAUUUCAGCUUGGAAUCGUUCCUUCUGCUGAUCGGCCUGACGGCGUCGCUGCUGCUGCUGCCGUUGAUCCUGCCGCCGUUGCCGCCACCGCCGCUGAUGCUUCUGCUUGUUCCGAUCUGCAUUCUGGUAGUUCUGAUGAUGUUGGCUUUCACGCCGUCUAAGGUCCGGGACAUGACGUACACGUAUGUGUAAAUGGUGGCGGUAGAGGGAAACGGUUACUCUCCCCCGCUGCUUUUUGUUUUGGCUAAUCAUAACAACUUUCUUUUAUCUCUUAUAUAUAAAUACACAUACAUUAUCACCAAUCCUCAAUGUUCUUUAGAUGGAGUGUCAAAUAGCUACACAUCUGUU